AUGUCUUCAGAAUGGAAACCUGAUUACCAGGAGGACAACGGUGCUCCAGUCUACGAUCAAAAGGAGGAACAGCCUGGUCCAGCAUAUGAGGAUAACUCCGCUGAAGUUGUAUUUGAGGGAAGCAGCGAUUCUGGAAUGGAUCCUCGUCUUAGUUAA